AUGGCAAGUAAUAAAUUAAGGAUUUCCUUGGAUAAAAUAACCCCACUAGCGGCUCCAGCUAUGGCUCCAUGGAGAAUUCCCUUCUUCGUUCGCAAGCCAGCCAAAGCUCCUACCAUGACUCCCAAUAUUGCACCCACUGAAUCAAAUGAUACACAGAUACCCGUCAUCUUGGCAGAUAUGGUAGAGAGUGUAGAGAUGCAUGCCUCCCUCGAACUUACAGAAGAAACGUUCGACAUAAAAGAAGAACGAGGGGCUGGAGGAGGGCAAGUGAAAACCUUCAUGCAACUGACAUGUUCUUGUAAUAAACCAAAACCUCACCAUCCUCAAAAAAUACCUGAAAACAAUUUACCCUCUCUUGAUCGGUUACUGCCCACCAACCCAAUGGGACUCUGUUACUCUCGGUCUCGUUCUCAUGAUAUCCCUAUUUCCUCUUCUUCGGACGAGGACUACUACCAACCAGCACCACCUAAAAGACCAACCCAAGCACGUUAUAAUCCACCCCCGCCGCCGCCGCCGCCGCCGCCGCCAGCAGCAGUAUCAGCAGCCACCUCAAAACCAGCUCUGACUUCGAAAACAUUUGUGAAAUCUCAAACUACCGUUACUUCAUCCUCAAAUAUUGGUCCCAUUCUUGGUAAACCAUACAUUGACAUAACCACAAUUUACGAUCUUGAUAAAGAAUUGGGUAGGGGCCAGUUUGGUAUAACUUAUCUUUGUACAGAGAAAGCAACAGGAAGAAAGUAUGCGUGCAAGUCUAUAUCAAGGCGUAAAAUUGUGAGUGAAGAGGAUAUUGAGGAUGUUAGAAGGGAGAUUCUGAUACUACAGCACUUAACAGGGGAACCCAAUAUUGUUGAAUUCAGGGGUGCUUAUGAGGAUAAACAGAAUCUUCAUUUGGUCAUGGAGUUAUGCUCUGGUGGGGAGCUUUUUGAUCGGAUUUUAGCGAAAGGGACUUACUCGGAGAAGGAAGCUGCGACAAUUUUUCGGCAGAUUGUGAAUGUGGUUCAUGCAUCACUAAGUCCCACAAGAGAAGAGGCCCAGAGGCCGGAGCCUCAAACUUUUCAUGGGAAACAUGCUGCCAAGUUGUCCACAAAUCAAUUGAUGGUACUGUCAAAUAAUAAUGCAGCUGCUAGAAAAGUGUACAAGGACAUUGUCGGAACUCCAUACUAUUUUGCUCCGGAGCUGUUAAGACGGAGUUAUGGAAAAGAGGUUGAUGUAUGGAGUGCUGGGAUCAUUUUGUACAUUCUUCUAAGUGGGAUGCCUCCUUUCUGGGCUGAGACUGAGAAAGGCGUAUUUGACGCAAUAUUAGAAGGCAAUCUUGACUUGCACAGCGACCCAUGGCCUAAUAUUUCAUCUUCUGCAAAAGACCUUAUCAAGAAAAUGAUAAGAACGGACCCCAAGAGACGGAUUACUGCUGCACAAGCACUUGAACAUCCAUGGAUGAAGGUGGAUGGCGAAGCAUCUGACAAACCUAUUGACAGUGCCGUUCUGAUUCGGAUGAAGCAGUUCAGAGCGAUGAACAAGUUAAAGAAGCUUGCACUAAAGGUUAUUGCAGAGAACCUUUCAGAGGAAGAAAUCAAGGGCUCAAAGCAGAUGUUCAGCAACAUGGACACCGACAGAAGUGGUACUAUCACAUACGAUGAACUAAAAUCUGGACUGUGGAGGCUAGGAUCUAAGCUUACUGAAGUAGAAAUAAAGCAGCUGAUGGAUGCUGCUGAUGUUGACAAGAGUGGUACUCUCGACUAUGUCGAAUUCAUGACGGCUACCAUGCAUCGGCAUAGACUUGACAAGGAAGAAAACUUGUACAAGGCCUUCCAAUACUUUGACACGGCUAACCGCGGGUUUAUCACUAGAGAGGAGCUAAGACAAGCCAUGGCUCAAUAUGGAAUGGGUGAUGACGCUACAAUAGAUGAAGUCAUAGAAGAUGUUGAUACUGAUAAAGAUGGAAACAUCCACUAUGAGGACUUUGCAGCCAUGAUGAGAAAGGGAACCCACGAUUAUGAAACAUUAGACACAUUGAAUGCCAGUGUGGGUAUAACAGCAAAAACUGCCAUUAAAAGAGCACGACUCUGUAAGUUGGGAUUUCACUUGCCAAUGGCCCCAAAUCAAGAAUGGGAAAGACAUUCCAAAGUGUUGAACCCAACGCUCGGCACCAACUAA